AUGGCAGAUAAACCUGAGCAAAAUCAAGUACCAGUAACAAGUGAAAAGAAGAAGGACCCAAAAAGAGUAGCUGCAGGGAAACGACUAUCGGCAAUUGGUAGAAUAGCAAAGGAGAGGAAAAGGAAAUAAGCUGAACCUAUUGAGUCAUCUGGUAAUGAUAGUAUGAUUACCUACAUAGGAGUGGCUAUUGCAUUAAUAUCUCUUGUGCUAGCAUAUAAAACACAUCAGAGGGAAACAAAAGAACCAGAACCUGAGUACAUCCCUAAAACUGUAGAAGUAACUAAGAGAGCUGAUGAGUCCAAGUUAGAUUCACUUGAAUGA